AACAAGGUCUAAGAUUAGACCGAAACGUUGGCCAGUGGCUACUAUUUUGGAUGGAUUUACAAAAAAACAAAAAAAAACAAAAAAGAUAUGAAAUAGAAAAAUAAAAUAAGCAACUUAUAAAUUCAUUAGAGUGCCGUGGUUUUUUGAUAUAAAUUUGGACAUACCCUUACCACAGAGCACCGCCUACUCUCCAAUAGGAGUGCCGCUCAACCCCAACCUUCAACAUUGACGACGUUUUGAGCUGAGCACCCUCCUGAUGACUACCUUCGCGUAUGAUCUAACAGCAGCGGAGAAGAUUGUCUCUGAAGUCACAGUAUCUAGUGACUUCUUACACGUACCCCACAACGAAUACCGUACACGUGACUGGGAGCGUGAGUCCAAAAAACAGAUUUCUUCGGAGCUUCACUGCGCAACUCUCGCAGAAUACUAUAAACAUAAGAGGAUUCCCAGGGGACUACGAGUCCACCUGCGACCAACAUUAUUUCCGUCUAAUACUGAAUACUGUACUAAGUUUGAAAAUAUUAUAAACAAAUGUUCCCUUGACAUAAUUGUCCUCAGUAUAGAGUAUCUACAAAAAGCAAUUCAAGACUCCAAAGAAAAACUUGCGGCUAUCGAAAGUCAGCUUCUCUCAACAACCUCCACCUCCGAAUGGUCCGAACUAAAGAAGAAGACAGACAAAAUACUAGACGAACAUCGCAAAUACCUGGAGAAUACCAAGCGCACCAAAUUCAUCCGUGAUACAGAGGACUAUCAACUCAACAAGGUUUACAGAUGGCAAUGGCAAGACUCAAGAACAGGAUAUGGAUACACCCCAUACACAGGUUACGCAUCCUCCUCCUCAGGCAGCGAAAGAUCUACAACAUAUCGCUCCCAGCGUUUUUUUCCCAGGCGCGGUUACCGACAACGACGAAGAAACACAUACGCCGAGGACGAGGUACCCAUGGACCCAAAACCACCAGGAAUCCAGACCCGCUCACAGGUGAAAUGAUCACUAUCAGACAGAUAUAACAUCCAUAUCCCGCCAACUCUUAUUGGAGAUCCCUAUCCAACCAUCUUAUUGUUUCAUUUGAUGCUACUUUUCCAUCUACCCUCUCUCCCC